AUGACUGCUUUAAGCCAAUCACAGCCCAUAUUGAGAGCAAAGGUUAUGAAUAUCAAUGAACUCAACGACGACUGUCUGAAGAUUGUCUUCUCAUUCAUACCAUUCGGGGAACUGUUGGCCGACCGCCGGGUCUGUAAGGACUGGAAACAAGUGAUCGAUGAUUAUCUGUCAAACAUUACACACUUUACGUACAAUCAGUCCAUCAAUGGUAACAAUAAGGACAACGAACUGACGCUGGCAUCGGAUUUGGAUAGCGAUGAUAAUCUAUCAAAUGUGACACAUUUUUCGUAUAACCUCAAUGGUAAUGACGGCAUAACUGACGUGAAUUUACCCCGAUUUGGACGUUGCCUUCAAUUGAUGCCCAAAUUGACAUCACUUUCAAUCACAGGUGUCCAACCGUUUGAUCCAAUGAUUAAGAUUCUUGUGGCCAAAUGUCCGCACAUAACACGUCUAUACAUGAAAUGUGUGAACGAAGAAGUGUCGGUCAGUGCAAAGUGUAUCGAGCAGUUGGUGGCCGCGUAUCCGGCGCUCACACACCUGGAUGUGCCCAACUGUGAUGUGGACGACUCUGUGAUCAAGAUUGUGGCCACACGUCUGCCCCGUUUGGUCCGCUUUAACUUCGGCACCGAUUGGGAACUCAAUGAAUAUUACCGAUUAGGUUAUGGCUUUACCGGUCAAACACUGCGCUAUAUAUCGGCCACAACUAAGACACUAAUGAUCGGCGAUAGCGAAAGCAAUGACCAGAUGGUGAUCGAGUCACUGAUGGCCGGACCCGCGCGACAGCACAUCCUCGUUCUGAAGAUCCAUUUGAACGAAUUGAAGUACUUGUCCACGAUUUGUGAUAAUAUGCCACAACUGCGAGAGUUUUACUGCAGUUUCAAUGGCGGAGAUAUCAGACCCAGUGGUGGUGUCGAUAACGUCGGCUGCGUUCGCCAUCUGCAGAGUUUGACGAGUCUGGAAGCGCUGGAACUGUCAGACGAGUGCCGCACUCACUGUUCCUAUCCGUGUCACAGUCUCUACACAUUGCGAUCCCUAACCGAUGCCAUCAGUGGUCUGUCGCGGCUGAAAGUGUUGCGACUCUUGGAUCACAACAAUUGGCACCGCAAGAGAGAGUCAAUUGAUCCACUUCUGGCACAACUCAACACAUAUUGUCCCGAUUUGACCGAAUUGGGUAUAAGCGCCGGUCUGUUCGACUUGAAAGCCAAGAGUUACCGAUUGAUUGGUGAAUUGAAUCUACCGGUGCUCACCAUUCAGGACGACCGCUACCCGUAUGGCGAUUACGAAGACAGUGUUAGACAUAACGUGUCUAACGAUGAUGUGGUGGAUCUCCUGAAGGCGACCACAAGUAUGCGUCGAUUUCGCGUUGAGAACUGUUCGGUGGUCGACAACGAGGCGGUGAAGGCGUGUCUGGAAGUGUUGGCCACUAGAAUUAUGAAUAUCAAUGAACUCAACGACGACUGUCUGAAGACUGUCUUCUCAUUCAUACCAUUCGGGGAACUGUUGGCCGACCGCCGGGUCUGUAAGGACUGGAAACAAGUGAUCGGCGUUCAGCCGACCGAUGCGAUGGUUGAGGUUCUUGUGUCCAAAUGCGCGCACAUAACGCGUCUCAAUUUGAAGGCUGUGUCGGCCUAUAAAUGCAUUACAUAUGAAGGUAUUGACCGAUUGGUGACCGCAUAUCCAUCGCUGACACACUUGGAUCUGACCAACUGUCCGAUGACUGACCGCACCGUCGAGUGUGUGGCCACACGUCUGUCCCAAUUGGUCCGUUUUAACUUCGGCACUGAUCGCCAACACUAUCCCGACCUUCGACUCGACGCCAACUUUACGGGACAAACACUGAGCCAUAUAUCGGCCAAAACUAAGACACUGGUGAUCGGCGAGAGUGCGGACGAACACCACCAGCAGAUCCAGUCGCUGAUGGCCGGUCCGGCCCGACAGCACGUACUGGUGCUUAAGAUCCACUUGAAUGAGUUGAAACACUUGUCCACCAUUUGUGACCAAAUGCCACAACUCCGGGAGUUUUAUUGCAGUUUCAAUGGCGGAGAUAUCAACAAUGGUGUCAAUAAUAUCGGUUCCGUUCGACACAUACAACGGCUGCGGAAUCUGGAAGCGCUGGAACUGGUGGACGACUGUCGCAUUGGUUGCAGCGACUGUCACAGUCUCUACACAUUGGAAUCGCUAACCGUUGCCAUCAGUGGUCUGUCGCGGCUGAAAGUGUUGCGACUCUUGGACUAUAAGGGCUGGCACUUACACAAGGAGUCUAUUGAUCCACUUUUGGCACAAUUGAAGACAUAUUGUCCACAUUUAGUUGAAUUAGGCCUCAGCUCCGGUCUCCUUGACUUGAGAGCCCAGAGUUACCGAUUGAUCGGUAAACUCAAUCUACCGGUGCUCACCAUUCAGGACGACCGGUGCCGGAGCCUACAGUACUGGCGAAAAACCACUGAAACCCUAUACCUAACCAAUGAUGAUGUGGUGGAUCUACUGAAGGCGACCACUAAUAUGCGUCGCUUUCGCGUUGAGAACUCUCCGCUGAUAGACAGGGAGGCAGUGAAGGCGUGUCUGGAAGUGUUGGCCACAAGAAGUCGCCGACGAAUUGAAUUGAUUUUUGUAAAGAUUAAGAAUAUUACACCAGAAAUGUCUGAGUUUACAGUUCCCCCGAAUGUGUCGCUUGUUUUCAUUUAA